AUGUCAAUAUCAGAAAAUUUAAGAAAAUCUAUUAGUGACAAAUUUGGGUCUCCGUUUCUUAAUAGAUCUGAAGAAGAAAUUUUGUCUGAUGUUACUACCACAAAUAGUAAAAACAUUGAAAGUAAGGUUUUGGAAAACAAUUCUUCUUUAAAGCAAAAUCAGGAGGAUGAAUUUCGAUCAUUUCCUUAUUCAAGGUUUACUAAAUUCCAAAAAUAUGGGUUGGUUGCACAAUGUGCCUUUACAGGUUUCUUUUCUAGUAUUGCUGGUGCAAUCUAUUAUCCCGUUCUGAACAUUAUUGAAAAAGAAUUUCAUAUCAAUGAAGAACAAGCCAAUAUUACAAUUGUUGUGUAUUUCCUUUUCCAGGGUAUUACACCCAGUAUUAUGGGUUCCAUGGCAGAUACUUACGGUAGAAGACCAAUUAUACUUACAUCUGUCUUAGUUUAUUUUUGUGCAUGUAUUGGUUUAGCUUGUGCUCAAAAUUAUUCUCAAAUCAUCGGCCUAAGAUGCCUUCAAGCAGCUGGUAUUGCUCCUGUAAUUGCUAUCAAUAGUGGUAUAUGUGGUGAUUUUACUACAAAGAAAGACCGAGGUGCUUAUAUUGGUUAUGUCAGUGGAUUUGUUGUCAUUGGGUUUGCUUUCGGUUCAUUAAUUGGUGCUGGUCUCUCUGCGACAUGGAGUUGGAGAGCUAUUUUUUGGUUUUUAGUCAUUGGUUCAGGUGUAUGUUUUGUUUCAACAUUUAUUUUUUUACCAGAGACUAAAAGGAGUUUAGUCGGUAAUGGUUCAGUAACUCCAAAGGGAUAUUUUAACAAAGCACCAGCUCUAAUUAUUCCAAAUGUUAGAAGGUCAUUACAUUUGGAUAAUCCGGAUUAUAGUUCUUUGGAGGAAAGAGAAAAAAGUAACAAUUUUGCUAUAUUUGAAAUUUUGAAGAAUCAUCAAAUAUUAAUCUUAUUAACUGUAGCAGCUAUACAAUAUUCAUGUUGGACAACACAUCAAGCUGCUUUAACUACUGUCUUGAGUAAAAAAUAUGGUUUGGGUGUCACAAAGAUCGGUUUAUGUUAUUUACCAAAUGGUAUUUGUUCAUUGGUUAGUAUGGUUGCAUGUGGUAAAUACUUGAAUUACAGUUAUAAAAAAGAUGUUCAAAAUUAUAAAAGUUGGUUAAAAGAACAAAAGACUAAUUUAUUAAAUGAAAAUAAUCAAGAUCAAAAAGUUGUUCAGAAAAUUGUUGAUAACCAUCCUCAAUAUUAUUUUAAUAUUGCUAGAGCUAGGUUGCAACCAGCUUUUGUUACAUUAUUAUUAAGUAACAUAGGUUAUAUUGCUUAUGGUUGGUGUAUUGAAGUUAAAGCACCAUUAGCAUCCAUAUUAGUGACUAGUGGAUUUGCAUCUUUAUUUAGUAGUUGUAUUUUAACUAUGGCCACUACAUUAUGUGUUGAUGUAUUCCCAUCUUUAUCAUCCACUGCUAGCGGUUGUUUGAAUUUAUUUAGAUGUAUUACGUCGGCUAUAUUUAUUGCAUGUUUGACACGUAUGGUAGACAAAAUGAACUACGGUGGUGUCUUUACAUUUAUGGCAUGUCUUUCAAUGGCGUCUUCCUUUUUAUUACUUGUAGUUAUUAAGGACGGUAAACGAUUAUUUUUCCAGAGUAAAAUCGAACUUUGA